UGAUAACAUUUCAUUCAGCAGCAAAUGCAUGGAUUAUGACCAUUUUAAAUAAAUGCAUUAGGUGACUUUCACCACUUGUGAAUGCUGCUUAUCUGAUGCUGUGUGCCUGCAAGAUUCUGAGGUUGACGUCUGUGAAGAGAACUAACAUGCUAGGAAGAUUCUUUGGCAAAGUGUUGGGUUUUACAGGCUUUACUAUUCAGUAUGGCUGUAUUGCCCACUGUACCUUUGAAUACUUAGGAGAAAUUGUCGUGUGUUCUGGUCCUUCCAUGGAGCCUACAAUUAAGAGCUAUGAUGUGAUCAUCUCAGAGAAACUCAGUCGGCAGUUUUAUCGCAUUGAAAAAGGAGAUGUAAUAAUUGCUAAAAGUCCCAAUGAUCCCAAGAUGAAUAUCUGCAAAAGAGUGAUUGGUCUGGAAGGAGACAAAGUAAGCACUAGUGGCCCACUGGAUGCCUUUAAGAGUCAUAGAUAUGUACCAAAAGGUCAUGUUUGGUUAGAAGGUGACAACUUGCAGAAUUCCACAGACUCCAGGAAUUAUGGACCAGUUCCUUAUGCACUGAUUCGGGGACGAGUAUGUUUUAAGAUUUGGCCUCCACAUGAAUUUGGUUUCCUGCAAGCAAGUCCCAAUCAAACCUCUUCCCGAUGAGUGAAGUAUACUGCAACAGACUAGUUCUUAGUCAUACUGACUUUUUAUUUUAAAUGCAACUGAAAACCAGAAGAUGUUUUGCAACUAGAGACUUCACAAGUGCUUUGUGGAUGAAUAAAGUUAUUUUUUUAGAACAAGGUGCUUUACUCUGAAAUGUUUACAACAGUGGUUUACAGAAAGGAAGUGAAGAUCUGUGUGGUCAGGAAAUAAGAAUCUAAUGGAAUGAUGAACACAAGUGAGAUCGUCUUAGACAGGCAGUGGCAACAUUAAGUACUGCUGUAGCAAGGAGUUGUUUGUUGGAGCAGUAAUGAUGCCCAGGAUACAGGCAAAGGGGAUGGAUGGUAGAAUGUUUGCUGUUUGCAUAAUAUACCUUUUUGUCCUUCCUUUUUCAUGAACCAUUAUACCUCUAACAUGCUGAUGUCAUCUAUUGUUCACAGUUCCAAAUAUAUUUAUGUUCAGAUGUGAAAUUAAAUCAUCAAAGGCUAUGCAGGGUCUUGCACAUGAGCCAAUACCUGGAUUACACUUAUGCUCCCUCUUUCUUUGACCAUGAGAACCCGAACAAAAACCUAAUAAAAAUUUUUAUCAUGGAUUUUCUUGUUUCACAAUGACUAGGACAGAGUCCAAGUAUUCAAUGUUGGCAUCUAGAAGAGUUUUUGUACAUCUCUUCUCCCCACAUUUGUUAGGCAACAGUGAAAAUAAUACAGGGCAGUGAAUUAUUUGCUCUUUGAAAAGUGCAUUUGAAAAACUAGUCAUACUAAUGUCAGGCCUGAUGCAUGCCAGGUAGGGCAGCACGGUAGUGUAGCGGUUAGUGUAACGCUAUUGCAGCGCCAACGAUCAAGGUUCAAUUCCCACCACUGUCUGUAAGGAGUUUGUACGUUCUCCCUGUGACUGCAUGGGUUUCCUCCGGGUGCUCCAGUUUCCUCCCACAUUCCAAAGAUGUACAAGUUAGUAGGUUAACAUAAGUGUAAUUGGGUGGCACGGGCUUGUUGGGCCAGAAGAGACUGUUACCGUGCUGUAUAAAUAAAGUUUAAAGUUAAAAAGGGGUCUAAUGAACCUGUGUUUUUUUUAAAUGAAAGCUUGAGACCUUCAUGGUCAUGUAUCCUGAAAACCGCUUAUUUCCUGAAUUCAUUUAUUAAACUGAACUUAAAUUCACAGCAGUGGUGGAAUUUGAGUUCAUGUUCUUUAGAUAAUUAGUCCAGGUUUGUAGGCUUCUGGCUCUGUGACAUUUGAACUAUUGUGGAGACAUGCGAGACUGCAGAUGCUGGAAAUCUGGAGCAACACACACAAAAUGCUGGAGAAACUCAUCAGGUCAGGCAGCAUCUAUGGAGGGAAAUGUACAGUCAACAUUUCUAUAGUAUUCACUUUAAAAGUACUAUCGCUAUUCAAGGCAGCAAAGAUCUGAAAUAUUGGCUCUUAGGAAUAGUCUGGAUAUAGAGACCAUGUUGCAUACUGUGGGAAGAUUGAUUAUAUAAAAUGCCUUAACCAUUUCUUACAUCCAGUGUUCAUUCCUUGAUGUAUUGAAGUAUUCCCCAUCACUUCUGAAUUCUUGUCAUCAGAUUUGUUAAGUCUGUAUAUUUAUUUCAGUUUUGUGCAUGGUGCUAUUUAUAUCUUUUCCAUUGAUUUAUUUAUAAGCUACUAAAUCUGCUAGGAAAUGAAAAUCAAAAAAAAUCUGGAGAUGCUAGAAGUCUGAAAUAACAGAAAAUGCUGGGAAAAAACUCAGCAGGUCAGGCAGGAUCGGUGGAAAAAGAAACAGUUAAUGUUUUGGAUUGAAGAUCCUUCACCUUUUCCACAGAUGCUGCCUGACCUACUGAGUUUUUCCAGCAUUUUGUUCUUGUAUUAGAUCUGCUGUACUGAAAGCACCACAAUUGUAAGGUGAAUUCAUCAACAUUCUGAUAACUUGCAAAUGGAAAAUUUUUCAAAGCUUAACUAUACUAGAAAGGAUAGAUAAUACAGAGAUCACAGUGCUGAAUCGAAUGGGCUACCUUAACCCA